AUGGAAAAGCUCAUGUCUAACGAAUCCGGUCGCCAAGUCAUCCCCAUAACAGGCAUGGGUGGGAUAGGUAAGACCGCUCUUGCUCAAACUGUUUAUUCACAAAAAGCAAUUAAUGAGCAUUUUGAUAUUUGUGCUUGGGCAACUAUUUCCGAACAAUACAACAAGAGAGAAAUUCUGUGUGAACUUGUUUCUCAAGCCACUAUGAAAGACAAGAAACAACUAAGUGAAAAGAGUGCAGCCGAAUUAGGAUUAGAGCUCCACAAAUAUUUGUUUGGUAGAAGGUUUCUAAUUGUAAUGGAUGAUAUGUGGAAGAUUGAGUCUUGGGACGAGAUUCAACGUUUCUUUCCUAACAAUGAGAAUCACAGUCGAAUAAUGGUGACAACUAGGCAAUCACAACUGACUCCUCAGUUAAACAAUCACUAUAGCCAUUCAAUGGAGUUUCUUGAUGAGGCUAGUAGUUGGAACCUAUUAUCCAAAACUAUGUUUGAAGAGGAACCCUUUCCUCUUGAUUUGCAGAAAGUUGGAAAGGAAAUUGCACACAGUUGUAGAGGACUUCCUCUGUCAAUUGUUGUGGUGGGGGGUAUUUUAAAAAAUAUGGAGCGCACAAAAAAAUGUUGGGAUUCAAUAAGAAACAACCUAACUUCAGUAGUAAAUUUAAAGAAUGAUCAACAUUGCUUGAGAUUAUUAAAAAUGAGCUAUGAUCAUUUGCCUGUCUACUUAAAGCCUUGUUUCUUAUACAUGGGAGUGUUUGAGGAAGACGAAGAAAUUCUCAUCUCAAAGCUUAUCAAGUUAUGGGUCAGCGAAGGAUUUCUUAAACCAAUAGAUGGCAAUAGUUUGGGAACAAUUGGGAAAGGGUUCAUAAAGGACUUAGUUGAUAGAAAUCUCAUUCUAGUUGACAAGUUGGGGUCUACAGGAAAUAUAAAACAAGUCAAAGUUCAUGAUUUGGUAAGAGACCUAUGCGUGAACCAGAGCAAGAAGGAAGGGUUUUAUCAUGUGGUAGGAGAAUCUAGUCCUAGAGGAAUAAAGAGCCAUCGCCGCAUUGUCAUACGUAGGAAAACUUCAAAGAAGAAAGUCGUCAAUGACUCGAAGUCUAUGUUACAUGCUCGUUCCAUUAUUUGCGAAUAUGGCAAAGUUCCACGGUGCCUGAAUUCUAGAUUGUUGAGGACAAUACAAGCAGACAGAUCUCGUGGGUUUCAGUAUGUUAACUUGCGGCACCUUGGACACAUGGGCUCGAGUUUUUCUUAUUCCAAUCAGCUUUGGAAUUUGCAAACGCUGAUCGUUCCUUGGUCACCUAAAUUUGCUUUUACAGAGUUUUGGGAAAUGCCUCAACUGAGGCAUAUUGAGGUGUAUUCUGUGCUUCUGCCAGAUCCUUCGAGUGAUUCUUUCGUCAUGGAGAAUCUCGUAGUACUUAAGGGAGCACUUAAUUUGAAGUGGGAUGAAGAGGUGGUUAAGAGGUUUCCAAAUAUCAAGAAAUUGGGGAUAAAAUAUUUAGCAACCAAGGGAAUGGGGUGUGAUGAUGAUUAUUAUUAUAUGAGCAAUAUUAAUUGCUUGUGUAAAUUAGAAUCCCUCUAUAUCUCGUGUGCGUUUGAUUUUAGAGGAAAUACCUCUUUGUAUAAGCUCACCUUUCCCCAAACACUCAAGAGUUUGACUCUUGAGAUGAACUUUGUAUCUGAAUGGGAAACGAUGUUGGAAAAGAUUGGUUCAUUGCCCCUUCUUGAGAAGUUUGAGUUGCGUUGGGGAUGCUUUGGAACAGUGGUGAAAUCUGCGAAAGAGAUUGUAGAGGAACAAAUGGAUUUACAAGGUGACGAUCUUUCCUUUCAUGUUUAUGUUCUACUUUCCUCUAGCGAAGCGAAGAACGAAGCAAUGCGGAGCUUGGCAGGUCCUAGCAUUGAAUUUGAACGGUAG